CACCCGUACACCAUGGACAUAUCCAAUCACCACGCUCAAAUUCUUGCUGAUUGCAGGCCCAAAAUCGCAUAAAAAAAACUACAACCAACAACUCAUACUUAUCAUGCUAGCAUUGUCGACUAAAUCCCUCGCCAAUGUGGCUAAGUUCCUGCGCCCGCUGGUGGUCCACUCCUUGCGUUUUGCCUCCAAACAGGUCGGGCUCCCAGCAUCUGACUUAACUCCUAAGGAGAUGCCCACUGACUUUCCCUUGAUGUCUAAGAAGACCGCCUCGGCUCCAAUCGACUAUGCUUUAACUUCCUUGGAUGCCAUCGCCAUGUGGGCCAGAAAGUCGUCGUUUUGGCCUGUGACCUUCGGUUUGGCCUGUUGCGCCGUGGAGAUGAUGCAUGUCUCUACCCCAAGAUACGAUCAGGAUAGAUUGGGUAUUAUUUUCAGAGCAUCUCCUCGUCAGUCCGAUAUCAUGAUUGUCGCCGGUACGUUAACCAACAAAAUGGCACCUGCUUUGAGACAGGUGUACGAUCAGAUGCCAGAUCCUAGAUGGGUCAUUUCCAUGGGUUCAUGCGCCAAUGGAGGAGGCUACUACCACUACUCGUAUUCCGUGGUGAGAGGUUGUGACCGUGUUGUGCCUGUUGACGUUUAUGUUCCAGGUUGUCCACCUACUGCCGAGGCAUUGAUGUACGGAGUUUUCCAGUUGCAGAAGAAGAUGAUGAAGACGAGAGUGACUCGUUUGUGGUACCGUAAGUAG